UUGAAUAUUUAUUUAAUUUUGUUUCUCGGUUCUGAAAUAGGACGAGCAGUUACUGUGAAAUAUUUUCCAUGGGAUCAAUUCGUUUAAACAACUUCACUCACAAUUGAUUCAUACUUAUUCAGUUGUGAAAAUGGCUCUUCUGGUACUGACUCCAUGACUCAUGCUUGUGGCAAAGCCAUAAAACGAUUGAGACAUCUCACAAACGGUAUCACUGUAUGAUUUUGUAGUUAGUCCGACAAACAGUGGGAUCUACAUAUAUUAUUCUUUCAUAAAACUGUGAAGUGUCAACACGAUUAUUCAGAACUGGAUUCCUUAUAGCACCACCCUGUGCAAUUUGUACUUACAGAGAGUCAUCUCUCAUACGACCUGGAACCAUAUUCUAGGUCAGUCUGUAACACUAUUUAUUUCUCGACCUCUGUGAACUUGUGACGCGUCAUCUUUGACCUGCGACCCCCCUGACCCACAAUCAUGAGUUCCCCGGCACUAGCUAAAGCAGCGCGUGGGAGGGGGCGUGGCCAAAGCGGCUUCCCACAGCGCAACAACACGCUGCCCACUAACAUGAUGACCGUUCUCUCUCGCAUCAAGGUGGACAUGCCGCUCAGCUCUGGGCGGGGCAACAAGUGGGGGCGGAGACGGCCCGGCUCCAUGCGCUACAGCUUCAUGUCCCACACCUCCGUGGACUCAACGGGAUCAAAGCAGCCGAUGGGUUUUACAAGACGACGUUCCCCGACUCCCAGUUCUCGCCUGAUAUCACACCCCUUAUCCUCGCCUCGCAGAAGAACCAGUAUGAGAUUGUACAACUCUUGUUGCUUCGCGGAGAGACCAUCAUGAAACCGCACAAGUUCAGUUGCGCAUGUCAGGAAUGUCGUAACCGGAUGAAGUUUGACCAGCUCCGCCUCGCCAAGUACCGACUGAACGCGUACCGUGGUUUGGCCAGUGAGGCUUACAUCUCUCUGUCCAGCAAAGACCCGAUCCUCACAGCCUUUGAGCUGGCAGCCGAGCUGAGGCGUCUGUCCCGGGUGGAGAAGCAUUUUAAGGUACCGAGACUUCAUGGACCAGACUAACAACACGGUGUACGGCACAGACUUCCCUCUGAGGGCGUCCUUCCCCACAGUCACAGAGAUGAUGAUGAGUCUAUGGAUCAUUGGCAUGGUGUGUCAGGAAUGUAACCAGUUGUUUCACAGCGGUCUCAUGGAGCACAUGACCAACCUGUACAACUUGCAGGAUUUCCUACUUAUCAGCGUCUAUAUCGCUACCUUCACACUGCGCUAUUGGUCCAUGUACAAGUUCCACGACUCCAUUCAGUUCUUGAGUACCCCAAGCAACACCCUGGAUGAGAAACUCACGUUGGAGAAAGUUUACUGGUUAAACGCAGGUGAGUUGUGGAUAUCAAGAGCUCACGUGCAAUGAUCGUGUUAUCUAUGUAUUACAUUACAUCCCUGUUAAUGGGGUUCAUUGUAAAUAUUAUGAUUAGAAAGUGAGAUGUAGAUAGAGAA